AUGACCAAGCAGCAUGUUUUCGCUUGGACGUUCAUGGCCGAGCACCUUCAUGUUGCAGGACUUCUCACGUCAACAGCAGCGCCUAAUGACUUGGCAAGCAUUGUUGCAGGGCUCUACCAUCUCGAGCCGGCAAACUUUGCUGUUGGAAGCAUCCUAUUCUCUGGACUUUUCGAAGCCAUCUGUGAGGGACGCCAGCACAGCUCGGAGGGCGUGCAGGAGGAUCUUGUUGCAAUCUUCUGCUAUCUCAUCUCUGUCUUGGAGUUUCCACGAUGGAAAGCUGAAUAUCUUUCUGAGAUGUCGCCAAAGAAGAAGCAAGGCAAGGCAGAGGGAGAGCAGGCAUUCCUUUUGGACCUUUCGUCAAAUGUGAUACUUCGCUCUCGUUUCGUUGCGAUGGCUGGGAGAGGAGAUUCUUUGGAGGAUGUCGCAACGUCAAUCAGCUCCUACGUCUAUGACCUCUGGAAGGACCCUCAAGACGUGUCGAGGACAACCAGAGAAAUAGGAAAUCGGACAAGCCAUGGUUUGAAGCACUUUGCUCUGAGCAUGAAAGCGAUUGUCGCAAGCCUGGACGGCCCUGAACUUCGGAACCACCUUCAGCUGGACCUGUGCUCGAAGUUCGGUGCAAUCUUUUCAAACAUGCAAACGCAGAGCAGCGAUGACUGA